AUGAAAAACCAAGAGGUGGUUAUAGAAGACCAACCGCCACCGGUGCAAGUUUCCGAGGACACAAGUGCUCACUAUGCAAACAACUUUGAGUGGAAACAUAAGAAAGAUGCAAAGAAGUGGGCUCAAGAACAAGGGCUGAAAAAGAUGUGCAUCAUAGUCCAGAAUAAACAAGUUACUCCCACUAGCUUUCAAAUGGUUUGCGAGUGUAGUGAAAAGUAUGAGAGACAUUGGAAGAAGGGUAGUGAGUAUAAGCCAAAAACAACGAGGAAGAGGGGACGUUAUAAUACGAAGAAGUGCGGAUGUCCUUUUAAGCUUAAAUUUAAAUUUAACGACGACAAGAAAGUGUGGUAUAUGGAAAAAGUAGUCUCGGGUUAUCAUACUCAUCCUAUUCCGAAGAGUUUGAUCAACCAUCCUUAUUCGGCAAGGCUCAACACUUUAGAAAAAGAGUUAGUACGCGUGUUGAGUAAAAGACGUACAAGACCAAUUGAUAUUCUUAGUGGCGUGAAGGUGUUAAACCCCUCAAACUCAUCCUCACUGGCAACUAUCUAUAACGAAAGAGAAAAAUUUAGAAUUGAGUUAUGGCAAGAUAGGGUGCUUAUGCAACAAUUAUUAUUUUUGUUUGAGGAAGCAAAGUACUCUACCGCCCACGACACGAAUGACGAAGGUGAAGUGGAAUAUCUUUUCAUCGCGAAUCCAGAAUGUGUAGAGUUGACAAGAUACUUCCAUCAAAUUAUCUUUAUGGAUUGCACGUAUAAAACGAACAAGUACAACAUGCCGAUAUUGGACUUUAUUGGGCAAACAUCUACCAAGUCGACAUCUACCGUUACGUUUUGUUUCUUGAAAGACGAGUCGAAGGAAAGUUAUGAAUGGGCAUUGCAAAAGGUCCAGCUAUUGUAUCAAGAAGGUUAUACUCCUGAGUGUUGA